AUGAUUAGAACUAAAAUGAGUAGUUUACGGAAAUUUAUAGAUAUCGGAGCAAAUUUGACGGACCCUAUGUUUCAAGGAAUUUAUCAUGGUUCUCAAAAACAUCAACCGGACUUGGAUAAAGUUUUGGAACGAAGUUGGAAUAAUGAUCUUUCAAAAAUUAUCAUCACUGCCGGUAAUAUAGAAGAGAGUAAGAAAGCCCUUGAAUUAUCACGGACAGAUGAACGAUUAUUUUCAACAGUUGGUUGUCAUCCAACGCGUUGCAAUGAAUUUCAAGAAAGUGGCGAUCCAGAAGCAUACCUAGAGUUAUUAUCGGAUUUAGCUGUAAAUAACAAAGAUAAGAUUGUUGCUAUUGGUGAAAUGGGGCUGGAUUAUGAUAGACUACAAUUUUGUUCUAAAGAUGUGCAAAAAAAGUAUUUUGAAAUGCAGCUAUCUUUAUGUUCUACUUUGAAGUUACCAAUGUUUUUACACUGCCGUAAUGCCAGUGAAGAUUUCAUAAAAAUUUUAAGAAAACACAAAGAUACAUUAACAGCUAUAUGUCGAGCGAGGUAUAGAAACAUAAUACUUGAUGCUAACAGAGCUGAUUUUUGUUCCACUUACAGCUCUCUUAAAACAGAGGAAAAUCUUUUUGCCGUUACAACAAUUCCUUCGGACAGACUGAUGAUAGAAACAGAUUGCCCAUGGUGUGAAAUAAGACCAACUCAUGCUUCCGCAAAAGAUAUUAUUACAAAUUUUCCAUCUGUUAAAAAAGAAAAGUGGCAACCAGAUCGUAUGGUUAAAGGACGGAAUGAACCAUGCACUAUAGUUCAAAUUUUGGAAGUACUUGCACGAAUUAGAGAUGAAGAAGAAGAGUAUCUGUGUAAUCAAAUAUAUAAAAACACAAUGAAGGUCUUUUUCCCUCACGAAUUGUAACUGUAACCGAAACUCACAAGCACUGUGCGUUUUGUAUUGCACGCUCAUACAUAUAAUCAGGGAGGAAUGCUGUGAAAUUAUAUAAUGAAAAAUAACGAAUUUUUACCAAAUUCAGUUCUUAGAAGGAAGGAAAUGAAGAUACUCAUUUUUACAUACAUAGCUCUAUGGAUGUGGCUGGAGUCACGUUCCAUCGAUCUCUUUCCAUAUAAAACUUUAAUAUAUUCUUGUUAAAAUUACCAUUACCACCAUAAUCAUCUUCAUUAGUUGCAUUAUUAGCACUGCUAUAUUUAUAAUUAUAAUAAUAAUUAUUACUAUUCCUAUAUUUAUCAAUAUUCUUUAGUUAUUCCUGUGAAGACCGCUAUUGUUACUCUUAUUGUUUUAUCUUAACAUUCUAUAUGUAUUAAGAACUUAAUCAUACAGUCCACUCCUUCAUUACUUUUCUAAGG